CAGGCAGAAACGUCAAACCGCCGCGGAGUGGCGAAGCGCGAGGAUCGCUUCGCGAAUUUCGCGCAGGGAGAGAUUCGCGCUCGCCAAGAUCUCGCGUCGAGAGAGAAAAACGAUUCACAACGGACGUUCCGUCACUCUGGAAAAGUCGCGAAAAAUUUUAUUAUUCUCGAGAGUCCUAUCGCGAAAUUCAGCUUCUGAUACAGACGAGAAUAGAGAGAGGAAGAAAUAUGAAAGGUGCCCCGGCGAGACGCGACAAGGAAAAUCGGCGACCGAUGGCGACGAUGCAACCGGUCGACGUCCAGCAGGGGCAGCAGGAAGAGUAAAGAGCCUAGAAGACUGAAUCCGUGUUUCCGUGUGUAUGUGUGUACGUGCGUGCUCGCCAAUCGCCAUCUCCGUUCGCGAUUUCCGGUUCACGUCUCGACGAUUGUCGCGUACGCGCCCGGUAUGCGCUCAGUAUGCGCGGUAUAUUAUUUCGAUAUGCUUCUCUGACGAUCGCUAUAUUUAUACGAGGCCGAAGAUUUUUUGUUAUUUUUCUCCCCGAUAUAUCGACGAUAGUCACCGAAUAAUAGACUCGUUUCGCGAAGCUUUAAUUGACACUGGCAAUGCACGAAUCUAUUUAUUAUAAUUAUAAAGCGUACACAAUUACGCUUUCUUAAUAGUUCGAGUACCUUAAACGGCUUUGCAACUUAAAUUUCGUGCAAAUCUGUAAUAAAUCCGGACGAAAGAUAAUCUGACCUCGCACGUAUACUCGCGUGUGCGCGCUGAAUUUAUCUCGUUCGACAUUUCUUCUUUUUUCUCUCUCUUUUUAUCGAGACUGCAUCGAGCCGAUGUGUAUGUAUCAUUGACAUCGCGAUUCGUUAUGCGCUUGAAUUAGCUUUUACGUACCUAGCAAUUAAACGUGCGGCGUUACCGGUCGCGAAGCGUGCAAGUACAUUAAUUGUCGUUCCGAAGAUGUCGGAGGAGCGUGUGACGUUCAUUAAUUAUGCUGCUUAAUAAGCCAAAGUCGAGGAAAUUCUGCGAUUGUUACACCGUAUAUCCUAUGGACUCGUUCGAUCAUCGUAGCUUCUCUCGUUAGCGCACCGAUGCAACGCUUAAUGCAAUAACUCACGCAUUCCUUUAACCCUUCGAGGAUGUUCCGAAACUUUCGAACCGCACGCUGCACACGUUGCAGAAGACACGUUACACUCUGUAAUCUGCGAGCUAUCAAUAAAUAUCUUAUCACUAAAAACGUUUAUAGUCUUUUUGUUCUUAUUUUUGUGUCUGCCUGCUUGAAGAGUUAAAAUAGCUCCGUGUCAAAUAUUCCGCAUGCCGUCAUCCGCUUUUUGUUGCUUCGCAAAUAUUUUACCUAGCUUAGGAUUCAAACGUGAGAAAAUUAGAUUUAAGUUCCGAAGUGGAGCCAAAAUCAAAAUAAUUUCAAGAUAUGCGGUUCUGAUAUUCUCAACGUUUCUGAUUUUUCUCAAAACGUGGCCAAAUAGAACGUGUCAUAUCUUUUAAUAUGACAUCGUUUCUGGUUAGUGCGCAGUUGGACGCUUAAUUAUUCGAUAAUGAGUUCCUUUCUGGCCGUCCUUCCCGGAAUCGCGGCUCGCGCGAGGACGAUCGCGCGUGGCGGCGCUUAUUUUAGAGAGCGUCGUGUUUUACCUGGUCGCGCUAAUUAACCUUGGCUCCGACGAGCGUCGAUUUUCCGAUGGUUGACUUUAAUCCCCGCGACAUCGACUAACCACGACCCAGCUGAUUGCGGAUCGUGAUUAACAGUUCUUCCGAAUCUGCGCUGGCCGAAAGCCAACGAAGAUUCAUUAAUACACGACGAGGCAUUGUCGACGGUCGCGCGAUGCACCCCAUUGUCCGUCCCAUCGUGACGAAAAGCUAUCGCUUUUGCAUCUGUCACGGGUAUCCUAAAACGAAUUAGUGUACUGAUAAAAAGUGAUAAGAAAUAUAAAGGGAGGGAGAGAGAGGCGAAAAUCGCGAAGUCACUUCUUGCGUACAUACCCACGGGAAAAUAAUCGUCAAUCAUCUUUUUCAGGUGCCGUAAGGCAAUGUGAAACGUUAGCUUGCAGCCUUUGUAAUCCUUCAUCGUGUCACUUGUCAUCGUAGGCAGAAAGGCAGAGCUCUCAGUUCGAUUGUAUGUAUGGUGGAAGGAAAACAAGGUGUGCUCCAUUGCAGUGUGCUCGAUAGAGGGAUGCUCAUUGGUUUUAUUGCAUCAAAAAUGUGCAAGAACAUAUAUUUUUUCCUCCCACCAUGAACUGUAUUUACUGUACGCUUUUGCACCUAGCGGCUAGCGACAUCGUGCGCUAUCGUUUUGACGUGUUCACUUGCUGUCAGCCGUAGCUGCAUCCUAUAUACCCGAGAUCAAGAAUGGCUUUUUGCGAUUUCCGCGCUAUCGAUAUCGAUGCGCAUCGAACGGUCCCUCUAGGAGAGUAAAUGAUAUUUCGUUGUUUUUUUUUUUGCGAUGCGUUGUUUAGCGUGAUGCCACUGAUGUCAGCGGGUAAUAAAGGCGCGGAAGAGGUUGUGAACGAUGCGCUGUUGGAGAAGCUCCGAAAUUACGCGGCUAAACCGCAGGAAGCGGGCGACGCGCUCAGGGCGAUCGCGGCCAAGAUUCACGCGCGUGUCACCUCAUCAGACCGGCGGAUACGCGAGCGCACGUUAGAAAAGCUCUGGCGCAAGAAUUCCGGGGCGAUGGAAUCGUUCAUUAUGACUCUGGAGAAUUGCAAGGACCACGUUGCUAACUGCAGUGUCACCAGCAUAUUGCACGAAUGUAUAUCGCCUCGAGUAACCAAAGGCAAAUCCAAGGAGAGGGGGAGCAAGAAUAGAAGUGCCACAAGAACCAGUAGCCGAAUGGCGGUCAUUCAACUCAUCAACUUAGGUAUCACGCAAGUCCUAGUUAAACUUUUAAUAAAUCUGCAACACGCAGAUACUAUCACGAGCGAAGUGCUCACUCAAGACAUCCUCUGGAUUUUGGGACAGGUGGCUCAGAGGGACCAGAAGUUUGUGUCAAAAAUGAAACUGCUCAACUCCAUAAAAGUGUUCCACGCGCUGUUGAAACAGUAUUAUAAUAACAGCAAGACGUUAUUGCCGUUGUUGUUGAUCAUCAAAACUCUUGCUAAAAAUUCUUUUUCUUUGCAAACACUUGUAAAGGAUGGUAUCACUAGUACUUUGGAGAAAACGUUUGUCAGUAUCGGUUAUACGCCACAUUUGAAGCUGAGGACGUUAUUGGACUGCUUCAAACAUUUAACGACCAAUAAAUUAUGCUGUAACAAAUUUGUUAAGGUGGGAAUGGUACAUCUGUUGAUGCGAAUUUUCGAGAGAUGGGAAAGAUUUGAUGGACAGAUGCGCUUAAAGAUUUGUAAUUACGCUCUGAAUACGCUUCAGCAUCUCUGCGUAAUAAAAGCUGGAAGGAAGGCUAUCAAGUCGAACAAUGGCCUACAGCUACUGUACCGGUUCUGCACGAGCUGUCCAGAGGACAAAACUUAUGACUGCCUGCUGUCGCGUAUUUGUGGGAUAAUCAAUCAGUGUCUGGAGAAAAAGGAAUUACCGGUGCCCGAAAUGUCGCCUGCAAGAUUCGUUUUGCCCGAAGUGACUGUUACCAGGGCGAACAGUGCUGAAAGCGGCAGCGACAUCGAUAGCCAGGCGAACAGUGUGGCUUCGAUGGGUAGACUGUACAGCGAUCUCGAUUCCGGGGAUGACGAAGAGAGCCACGACUCUAGAGAUACAAUGGAUAAUGAAAUUCACGUGGGCGACGAGGUAGACGAAAACAAAUUUUUCGCCGGGGUUUUUACUUCGCAGAGAUCCGAGGAGGAUCUCGCUGGAUACCAUACGUUCUUCAAGGAGCUGGGAACUCUGCGGUCGCAGCUACAUAUCGUCGGAUCGUCGAACGUCAAGCUAACUGAUCUUUGUUUGGUGGAGGACGAUCAGAUAAACUCGUCGGUCGGGAAGACGGGAAAGACGAAGACCUUAGUCAAGGACUUUUCGAGAUCUAACGGUACAACGAAGAGUCAAUUGGUGAACGGCACGCACAGUUUGAAGGUCCUAGAAGACGUGUCGGCGAACGUUACGGAUCCGCACGCGUAUUGCGCCGUGGCGAGCAGAGUGAGGAGCGUUAUCGGUUUCGUCAAGGUCGCUUAUCCGGACAUGAUCGGCGGUGACGGUCUGGGGAAAGCUGAGCCGCUCAAUAUUAAGGACAGGAAGGUUUGCCGCGCGAAAUUGCUAGCCUGCGUGGAACGCGGUCUCCAUGCUGCCGCCACUAUCCAGGAAGUUGUUUAUGAUCUUGAUGCCCUCGCAAAUUCCGCUUCCCGGACAAUGUCGGGCGAGGAGCGGUUGUUUGGGAACUGGGAUGAGAACAGGAUCGGCAAUCGCAAUUCGGAUACGAAACGGUUACAAUUCGAGUCCAGAUUCGAAAGCGGCAAUCUGAGGAAAGCUAUUCAGAUAGGUCCACGAGAAUACGAUCUUAUCCUGACGCCAGAUGUUAACAGCGGUUCCAGACAUCAAUGGUUCUAUUUCGAGGUCUCCAGCAUGGAGGCGAAUGCGCCGUACACGUUCAAUAUAAUCAACUGUGAAAAGACAAACUCGCAGUUUAACUUUGGCAUGAAACCGAUACUAUUCAGCGUCACGGAGGCGCAAUGUGGUAGGCCAGGUUGGGUGAGGACCGGCGUCGACAUUUGUUACUAUCGAAAUUGUUAUCAACGGUCCACCAGGGGAAAAACGUACUUCACGACGUCCUUCACGGUCACGUUUCCGCACGCUUACGAUGUUUGUUAUCUGGCGUAUCAUUUCCCGUACACGUAUAGUCGGUUGAUGACCAACAUUUGGAAGUGGACGAAGAGAGUUUCCACGGCGACCGUGUACUUUCGCGCGGAGACGCUCUGUGAGACUUUAAACGGCAAUGAGAAUCCUGUGCUCACCAUUACGUCACCGGAUUCCAAAACCAAUCCUAUACACACACGAAAGAUGAUCUUUUUAACGUCCAGAGUACACCCCGGUGAAAGCAACGCCUCUUGGGUGAUGCACGGAACCAUGGAGGCUCUCCUAAGUGACAACCAAUACGCUAGCAGUUUACGUGACGAUUAUGUGUUCAAAAUAAUUCCUAUGCUAAAUAUAGAAGGAGUUGUAAACGGCUGCAAUCGAUACGGUCUGACGAACGAGGACCUGAACCGACGUUGGAGCAGUCCCACGCGGACGUAUCAUCCGGUGAUCUAUCACACGAAGGGCCUGAUGGAGUAUUGCGCCAGGGUGCUGCAGAGACCGCCCCACGUUUUCGUCGACUACCACGGCCAUUCACGGAGGAAGAACGUGUUUCUGUUCGGUUGUUCAAGGUCGGGUUCCUGGAGCGCCGCGGACAGGGCGAAACCGGACCAGCCGGUGCAGUAUUUGAUGUUACCGCAUCUCAUGCAAAGGACCUCGCCGGCUUUCGCUUUGCAGCUCUGUUCCUUCAAGGUCGAGAGGAACAAGGAAUCCACUGCCAGAGUCGCUGUGUGGCGGCAGUUGGGUGUUCCGAGAAGUUACACGAUGGAAAGCAGCUUUUGUGGAUGCGAUCAAGGCGUAUUGGCGGGAUUACAUCUCGAUACGGAACAUCUCAAAGCCAUUGGAAGAGAUUUCUGCCAAGCUUUAUCUAUGAUGAAGGACGGCGGUGAUGAUUGGGCUAUUGGAAAAUCGACAGAGCAAGCUUGUUGCCCGAGAAUGUGUGUCUUACGAAUGUCACGGAAGAUACCGAAAUGUAUUCAAGAUAAACACGCUAUACAUCAUACCACGGCACUUUCUUAGCAAACGAGAUAAUUAAACAAUUGUAGAAGAAUUCCUUUGGAGAAACAUAUUCCCGUGGAAUCAAGAUGCAUGGACAAUGAUGUAUCUUCCAGUAGUGAAUCCAAUGAUUCCGAU